CCCGGCUGGCGGCGCCGAGCCCCCUGCGCGCGGCACAUGGGGCGCCUGACGGAGGCGGUGGCAGCGGGCGGUGGUGCUUCAGCGGCGCGCUCGGCUGGGCCCCCUCCCACUCCCCUUCCCCUGUCUUCCACUUCCCUCGGGUGCACGGCCACCAUGGCGUCCAGCGAGGAGGACGGCACCAACGGCGGCGCCUCGGAAGCGGGCGAGGAGAAGGAGGCCACCGGCAAGAGGAGGCGCCUCGGCUUGUUGGCCACUGUCUGGCUCACCUUCUACAACAUCGCCAUGACCGCGGGGUGGUUGGUUUUAGCUAUUGCCAUGGUACGUUUUUAUAUGGAAAAAGGAACACACAAAGGCUUAUAUAGAAGUAUUCAGAAGACACUUAAAUUUUUCCAGACAUUUGCCUUGCUUGAGAUAGUCCACUGUUUAAUUGGAAUUGUACCUACUUCUGUGAUUGUGGCUGGGGUCCAAGUGAGUUCAAGAAUCUUUAUGGUGUGGCUCAUUACUCACAGUAUAAAACCAAUCCAGAAUGAGGAGAGCGUGGUGCUUUUUCUGGUCGCGUGGACUGUGACAGAGAUCACUCGCUAUUCCUUCUACACAUUCAGUCUUCUCGACCACUUGCCAUACUUCAUUAAAUGGGCCAGAUAUAAUUUUUUUAUCAUCUUAUAUCCCGUUGGAGUUGUUGGUGAACUUCUUACAAUAUAUGCUGCCUUACCAUAUGUGAAGAAGACGGGAAUGUUUUCGAUAAGACUUCCUAAUAAAUACAAUGUCUCUUUUGACUACUACUAUUUUCUUCUUAUAACCAUGGCCUCAUAUAUACCAUUGUUCCCACAACUCUAUUUUCAUAUGUUACGCCAAAGAAGAAAGGUGCUUCACGGAGAGGUGAUUGUAGAAAAGGAUGAUUAAAUGAUGCCCGCUAACAAGGUGCUUUUUCCAGAAUAACCAGGAUUACUUGAGUCCAAGUUUUAAUAACAAGAAUAAACAACUUUAUGAAAUACUACAGAUUGUAUGAUUUCUUAGAAUAUAAAGUGACAUGCGGUAUUUGCCAAUAUUUGUCUUCACAUUUUCUAUAAGAACUAUGCACGUAUUUAUUACCAACUCCUGGGUGGGUGAUGAUCAUUAAGAAAAUAAUGGGGGGGAGAACCUUUUUUUAAAAAAAUUUUAUUAAUUUUUUUUUGCAGUGUAUGCUCCAAGGUUUUUAAAUCAAUAUUUACAAAUUAGUUUAAUGAUUUAACAUUAUGAUACUUGCCAGUGGUAUUUAUGUGAUAUUUAUAAAUGAAAGUAAAUGCAGAAUUAUAAUAACAUGUUAAUAACAUAUUGGUAUUUCCUGAACCCAAGAUCUAUUUCUUAAAAGUUAUAAGGCAGCGUUUUUGAUUAAUAAUCAUUUUGGAAAGCAUAGACAUAAUUUGCUUUGAUAGGACUUUUGAUAAAGUAGCUAUGUAACAAAAAUAUUCAAGUAGAUAUCACAAUUGGAAGAUAUUCUUUGCAUAUAUGAUUAGGCUGUUAAAAUUACAUGUACCGCUAAGCAAAUUUGUUUUUAUUUGAAUUAACCUUCAAGGACAACCUUUUCAAC